AUGGGGAAAAGGAGGAUUAUAAUGCUCUUGUUAGCAAUGGGAUUGUUUGCGUUCAGUGGUGGAGCAGCAGAUCAUCAUCCUCAUGUGAAAUCUAAAGCAAACCAAGCUACUUUGGAAUUGGAAGUUCGUAAGAUGUUGAAGCUUCUCAAUAAGCCCGGCGUUAAGACUAUUAAGAGUGAGGAUGGAGAUAUCGUUGAUUGUGUUGACAUCUACAAACAGCCUGCGUUUGAUCAUCCAGCAUUGCGGAACCACAAAAUUCAGGUCUACUUUAAUCCUUCAUUUGUUCGAAGAAUGUACGAAACAAAAACUGGAAAACAUUAUGGUUGGUUACAUCUAAAUGAAACAUUUUACAGUUGGAAGGUUAAUGAGGUUAAUGAUUUAUUGCAGAUGACACCGAAUCUUCAAUUCACAUCGGAGGCUCCUAGUUCUAGUCCCAGUCCCAGUCCCAGUCCUAGUGCAAGUAGUCCUGUACAAAAUGAUCAUAAUUCUUCUCAGCAGAUUUUGUCUCAGAUUUGGCAGAAGAGUGGAAGCUGUCCAGAUGGAACAAUUCCCAUUCGGAGAAUUCGAAGGCAGGACUUACUGAGAGCUGCUUCACUUGAACACUUUGGGAAGAAACCGGCAAAUUCCUACUACUCAACCAACGAUGAGAAAGGCGCUGCUGCUAUCCUUAUAACAGUUGGAUAUAGUUAUACAGGUGCUCAUGGGGAUAUAAAUAUUUGGAAUCCAAGAGUCCAAUCGCCAGAUGAGUUCACUACUGCUCAAAUCUGGCUCAAGAAUGGACCCGGAGACGCCUUUGAAAGCGUCGAAUCAGGCUGGGUGGUAAAUCCGAAGUUGUAUGGUGAUGAAGCAAGUCGACUUUUUGUAUAUUGGACUAAGGACGCAUACAAAUCGACAGGUUGCUUUGAUCUCACUUGCUCAGGAUUUGUGCACACCAACAAAGACCUAGCCCUUGGCAUGGCCCUUGGACCUGUUUCUUCUGAAAUGGGUCCACAAUAUCAGGCCACCUUCAGCAUCAGCAAGGACUUUCACACCAACAACUGGUGGGUGCGCGUCGGCCAAAACAUCCCCGUCGGAUACUUUCCCCCAGAGCUCUUCUUUUACCUAACAAAGGGUGUUGCAGCUUUAGUCGAAUGGGGUGGGGAGGUGUACAGCUCCAAAAUUAAGAAAAACCAUCCACACACUGCAACUGAAAUGGGAAGUGGUGAUUUUGCAUGGGGCAAACUGGGGAAUGCAUGUUAUAUUAAGCAGGUUAGGAUCAUAGAUUACUCGAUGCAGCUCAAGUAUCCUGAGUGGGUAGGGACUUAUACAGACGAAGAGUAUUGCUACACUGCAUUGAACUAUGCCGCUUCACUUGCUGAAGAACCUGUGUUUUACUUCGGCGGCCCGGGCUUAAAUCCUCCUGAUUGUAACUAA